AUGGAAAGCACCACCGCCAUAAUUUUGUGCUUGAUCCUGAUGUUACCGCUGCUCAUACAACUGCAGAUGCUUGUCGUGCGUCCUCGGAAGUUACUCGAGACACUUCUUCGGCGUCACUUGACGGAGAGUGCGGGCAACAUCCGGAGCAGCGAGCGCAACCUAGUCCAGCACUACCCCAAGUUGCCGGGCCUGUUAAAUUCCAAUUCGGAAUCCAGGAUGCUGGUGUGCCCGCUGAGAACGAUCCUCUCGUCACCCGCUGUGCCGCCACGUGUCACGUCCGACGAUACGUGCCGAUACGAGCGGCUCGGUAGAAAAACGGCACCGCUGGUGCAACACUCGUCGUCCUACGUGGCGACGCAGAUCGAGCUGCCGGUAGUGGAUAUCACCUGCAACUACAAUUGUUAUCGCUACAAGAGCUUCGAGGAGAGCCUGCGGAGGCGAUACGGCGCGAAUUAUCCGCCGGGCGAGGUGGUGCUGAAUUAUAUCCAAUUAAACACACCGGAUUCGCGCGUUAGUAUGGCGGACGACGACGACCUCUUGGACGGCUUUGAGGUGGACACCGGCACGUACGCGUCGUCGGUGUCGACCAAGUUGGAGACCGAAUAUCUGAAUCUUCUCGAUCAUUUCGUGUCGAAGCGGCGAGGCAGAGCUUCGACCGCCGGCAAGUUCACCGAGACUCCGCCGUCGGACGAAAGAAAUCUCGAGAUGUCGUCCCACGCCCCUGCGUCGAGCCAAUCCACUCUGAAAGGUUCGGUCACUCAAGAAAAGGAAUCCGGGUCGUCCGGCAAUCAACGUUCUUUAAAAAUUGGUACCGGUAGUCCGACAUCCUCGGUGGUAGACCGUCAUUAUUUAAACGUCUUCUAA